AUGAAAUCCGUGGUGCUCUGCGCUCUGUUGCUGGUGGCGUGCGUGGCUGCCGCUCCACAGAGGGAAGGGGCUGCGUACACCAGGGAAGCCAUCAAACAAGCACAAAGCACACACCUUAUUCCUAAAGAUGCAGAAAUUCAAAAGGUUCAAGAAGGCAUUGAGUUGGCGGCGUAUGAAUCAAUCCCAGUAAACCAGAGGAUCAACCUGUUCGAGAUUUUGGGUGAUCAGGUCCCCUCCGAGGUCAUCAACAACCUACAGAGCCAGAUCGACCAGAUCGGCCACUAA